CAUCAGUAUUGUCAUUGUACGGAACAAGUCCGAAAAACUAAAUCAAAAUAUUAUUUUAAUUCAACUAAAAAUAAAGAUAAAUUAGUAAUAGCCAUUGAAAGUCAGAAACUUAAUUUCUUAAUCAUUAGCAUUGACUUAUGAGUCAAUGUUAGAAAAACCAUAAUUUGCACAGUGAUAAAUCAUUACCUACCUGUUUCAAUUUAUUUACAUUUUCUUUACUAAACAUAAAGCCCUCUAAACCUUAAUUUUUUUUUUACUUUUUUUAGACAAAUUUAUUCAUUAAAAAUUCUCAACUUAUUCAUUAAAAGAUUUGUAAAUAUAAUUUAAAAAACGUAACCUAAAAGUUAGAUAAAUGUCUUCCGAUACACUAAAUAUUGCAAGAAGAAAACUCAGCGAAGUGUUAGGUGAAACAUCGUCUAAAUAUUUCAACAGCAUGAAACAGUGGUUUAGAAUGAAACUUACAAAGGAAGAGUUUGAUGCUGAAGCUCGUGCAAUGCUGAGUUCUGAUCAAGUGCGUUACCAUAAUGAAUUUUUACUCGCUCUCUUAAACAAAGUCGAGGGUUUAGCUGAAACAUCCUUAACAAUAGCACAAGAAAAAGCGAGCUCGCAUAACAGAAACAGCCGACGCCACAAAAGAAGCUCCAGAACAUCGGAAAAAUCUAACUUUGAACAAGCUGAUUUACUGGAGUACUUGCCCCCAAAUUCUCCGCCUGGCGCAGGUAGUGAUGGCGUUAAAUAUGCUGCACAGGAAAUAUUCUUACCCGACCAUGCCCUAGUAGUUGGUCGGUUUAUGCUUGCAGCAUGGGAGCUAGGCCUGGAAGGUGCAGAUGACGAUGCAGCUGAUAUAAUUGUUGUGGCAACACAAAACUUUCUUAAGAAUGUUAUAAGUGCUGUCAUAUCACAAAGAAAAGGCUACAAAAUACGUCAAAAACACUUUAUGUAUGAUGUUGGCUGUGAUGUACCAAAUAUGUGGCUAAGAAAUUCAUCAAAGCUGUAUGACCCUCAGUUUGAGGGAAGAGUGAAUGUUGAUGAUGGUGCCGAUGCAUUGGGACCAAGAUGUCCACCUACAAUUGAUGAAGUGGAACAGUCUGCUGCCUUUGAAAUUGCAUGCAGUGUACCAAACACAGAGCCCAAUGAUGACAAACUAACUAUAGACGAAUUUUAUAAUACAUUGUUAACUCAUAAAAAUGUAAUAGCAUGUCAUUCCGUAUACGCAGUUAAUAUGGAAAGAUUAGCUCUCAUGCUAAAUCAUCCGAGCUAUUAAUAAUAAAACUAAAAUGUUAAUAAAUUUAAAGUCUUGUGUCUAAAAUAUUUUAUUCAUAAGUACAAUUAAUUAUAAGUACUAAACUAUAUAUCUAAAACUUCUUUAAUUUUAAGAAAUGUAAAUAUUGAAAUAAAAUAUAAUUUAUAUAAA